CCGGGCGAGCCCAUCGCUGGGUCUCCUGGCUCGGUGGGCGUCUCUGCGGCGGAGAGAGCGCGCAUCGCCUGGACCGACCCUCCAGCCCUGCGGGAUGGGAAACAGCCCGGCCAGCUCCCGGAUGGCUCCGUCUCCUUAGAGGAAUGGAUUGAGUCCCCCCUCCCUGCUGAAAGGGAAUCCGCCCCUCUGUAGAGGAUUCAGACCGUCACUGUACUGAGCCUAAAAUCAAAGCAACUCCGCGCUCCCCGCCUGCUGCAGCGCUCCCCGCCGGGGCGAGCGGGCAUUUGGACAAGCCCGGGGACCUGUUUCCCCUUCUCGCUGUGACUAGCCGCGAAAGCCGGGUCUCAGGAACGCCCCCAGCUGCCCCUCCUGCCUCUGCCCUUCGCAGCUGGGCUCUGAAUCACUCCGGCUGACCGACACAUGCGGGUUUUGCCUGGCGCUAACCCCAGGGGGGAGCUGCUCCCGCCGGUUCGCUCCGUAGCUCCGCGCCGCAGCCAGGGCAGAAAGAUGCUGGCAAUUCAGCCCGCUUCUUGCGAGGUGCCGCGGAGUCUUUCCUCCUCGGGCCGGGGGAAUUGUAGCGAUCCCAAGGAGGAGUUGCAGUUUCGCAGCGCUAACACGGCGGAGUAACGUGGGGCUGGGAUUCUGGCGCGUGGGGUCGCAGUUCAAGUGAUUUUCCUCUCUUCUCCAGCCCCCCCGUGGGGUGAAAGUUGUAGAAUUACUUACACGAAGGACCAGCUCCCCCAGAGACUUGGGAGAGGAAAUGACGGAUUUGGGGAAAACCUGCUAGGAAGCUGCAGCUGAGGUACCAGGUAUUUAUGAGGCGCUCGUAGCUGGCUCCAGGAGACCCGAGGUUGUAGUGGGGAGGGUGGUGGUUCACCGAAGUGGCUCUGCUGUCCCUACAACCAGCAGGAAUCUUGUAUUGCUGCCAACCUGAGACUUUGACAGAGCCAGGGCUUUGCCAGAGAGGGAAGGAUCUGCAGCUUUGGCUCCCCUUGUAUUGCUCUGCUGGUGCUGGGAGGAAGAUGCUCAGACCAUCAAGUCCCUGUCCCUCCUGGCUGUGAGCGGAUUUUUUUUUUCUUUGUGGCUUGUCCCCUUUACCAGCUCUUUGCUGCAGGGCAUGUCCCGGCCCAACAGUGUGAGUCCUCCGGGCUUCGGUGCCCCUGCACCCCGGGGAGGCACGGAGCAGCAUCGAUCCGCUUGGGGGGAAGCUGAGUCCAGGGCCAAUGGCUAUUCCUAUCCCCCUGCCCCAAACAGGUCGUCGAGCAAAAAGGCCUCCCGUAUGGCAAGCAGGUGGAGGAGCGAGGAAGACUAUGAACCUCAGCCCAAUAGGCACCACGGGGAGAGUGGUUGCAGAAUGAUGAGUUUUAGAUCUAAGUCAGCCUGGCAGGAGCAUGGCGAAGACAGUCACCGCCCCCGCCAUCAGCGCAGGGGGGAUCCCACUUCUACCAACAGCCCUCGGCACUUUGGUGAGCCAGGUGAGGUGCGGCCCCGGUCUGUGGAGCUGGGGCUGGAGGAGAGGCGGAUCAAGGCCAAGAUUGAGGAAUUAGAGGAGGAGGAAGAGGACUCCCAGAUGGCUUUCUCCAUGGGCAGCUGCUGUGGCAGCCUGAUGCAGAUCUUCAGGUCCAAGAAGUUCCAGUCGGAGAAGCUGGAACGCCUCUACCAGCGAUACUUCUUCCGGCUCAACCAGAGUAGCCUCACCAUGCUGAUGGCCGUGCUGGUGCUGGUGUGUCUGGUCAUGCUGAUCUUCCAUACUGUGUAUGGUCACUACAAGGUGCCCUACGUGGUGGUGCUCUCGCUGGCCAUCCUGCUGGUGAUGGUGCUGUGCGUGCUGUGCAACCGCAAUGACUUCCACCAGGACCACAUGUGGCUAGUGUGCUACUCAGUCAUCCUGGCCAUCGUGGCAGUGCAGGUGGUGGGGGUGCUGCUGGUCUGGCACAGGAGUGCCUCUGAGGGCAUGUGGUGGACUGUCUUCUUCAUCUACAGCAUCUACACGCUGCUGCCAGUCAGAAUGAGGGCUGCAGUCAUUAGCGGGGUGGUCCUCUCAGCCAUCCACCUGGCCAUCUCCCUGAAGACCAAUGAGGACGACAAGUUCCUAUUAAAGCAGCUAAUCUCCAAUAUUCUCAUCUUCUCCUGCACAAACAUUGUAGGAGUGUGUACCCAUUACCCAGCCGAGGUGUCGCAAAGACAAGCUUUCCAAGAGACCAGGGAGUGCAUUCAAGCCAGGCUACAUUCUCAAAGGGAGAACCAGCAACAGGAGCGUCUCCUGCUCUCUGUACUUCCUCGUCAUGUUGCCAUGGAGAUGAAAGCCGACAUUAAUGCCAAACAGGAGGAUAUGAUGUUUCAUAAGAUCUACAUCCAGAAGCACGACAAUGUCAGCAUCCUCUUUGCAGACAUAGAGGGUUUCACCAGCCUGGCCUCCCAGUGUACAGCUCAGGAGCUGGUCAUGACGCUGAAUGAGCUCUUUGCCAGAUUUGAUAAGCUUGCCGCUGAAAAUCAUUGUUUACGUAUAAAGAUCUUGGGCGAUUGCUAUUACUGCGUGUCCGGGUUGCCAGAAGCAAGAGCUGAUCAUGCACACUGCUGUGUUGAGAUGGGAAUGGAUAUGAUAGAGGCAAUCUCAUUGGUCCGGGAGGUGACAGGAGUCAACGUAAACAUGAGGGUUGGGAUCCACAGCGGAAGAGUUCACUGUGGAGUGUUGGGCCUCAGGAAGUGGCAGUUUGAUGUGUGGUCAAAUGACGUCACACUAGCCAAUCACAUGGAAGCUGGAGGUAAAGCAGGGCGAAUCCACAUUACCAAAGCGACCUUGAAUUAUCUGAAUGGAGACUACGAGGUGGAGCUGGGUUUUGGAGGAGAACGCAAUGCUUACCUCAAGGAGCAUAGCAUAGAAACCUUCCUCAUUGUACGCUGCAGUCAAAAGCGGAAAGAUGAGAAAGCGACAAUAGCCAAGAUGAACAGACAGCGCACCAAUUCGAUUGGCCAUAACCCUUCACACUGGGGUGUGGAUCGCCCCUUUUACAACCAUCUGGGCACUCACCAGGUCUCCAAGGAAAUGAAGAGAAUGGGUUUUGAGGAUCCCAAGGACAAGAACACCCAAGAAAACAUGAACCCAGAGGAUGAGGUGGAUGAGUUUCUGGGCCGUGCAAUCGAUGCCAGAAGUAUUGAUCGGUUACGCUCUGAGCAUGUUCGCAAGUUUCUCUUAACGUUCAGGGAGCCUGACUUAGAGAAGAAGUACUCCAAGCAAGUGGACGACAGAUUUGGAGCCUAUGUGGCUUGUGCUUCUCUGGUCUUCCUCUUCAUCUGCUUUGUCCAAAUCACAAUCGUACCCCACUCUACAUUUAUGUUGGGUUUUUACCUGACCUGUUUUUUGAUCCUGACCACAGUGGUGUUUGUUUCGGUCAUUUACUCCUGCAAAAAGCUUUUCCCAGCUCCACUCCAGACUCUCUCAAGGAAGAUUGUCCAGUCCAGGACCAAUAGCACCUUAGUUGGGGUCUUCGCCAUUAUACUGGUUUUUCUGUCAGCCUUUGUCAACAUGUUCACAUGCAGCACUGUGGAUCUUGACAGCUGUGUGGCUGCAGAGUACAACAUCACUCCCAACCAGGUGGUAUGCCUUCUCAGCAACUCAUCUUUCAAAUACAGCCUGGGCACCUUGCAGGGAUUCUGUGGCAGUUCCCUGCCCAAUUGCGACUUCCCAGAGUAUUUUACCUACAGUGUCUUACUGAGUCUCCUGGCCUGCUCUGUGUUCCUUCAGAUCAGUUGCAUUGGGAAACUGAUCCUCAUGCUGAUCAUCGAAUUAAUAUACGUUCUAAUUGUGGAAGUACCAGGGGUGAACCUCUUUGACAAUGCAGAUCUUCUGGUUGAAGCCAACACUGUUGAGUUCUCUAAUGUAACAUCAACAUGCUCACAGAAAGUGUCAAGAGUGGCACUGAAGAUUGUGACCCCUAUCGUCAUAACUCUUUUUGUCCUGGCAUUGUAUCUGCAUGCCCAGCAGGUGGAAUCCACAGCAAGGCUUGACUUCCUUUGGAAACUGCAGGCCACUGAAGAGAAAGAGGAAAUGGAGGAGCUACAGGCCUACAAUAGACGUCUCCUCCACAACAUCUUGCCAAAGGACGUGGCAGCCCAUUUCCUGGCACAGGAGCGGCGAAAUGAUGAGCUGUAUUACCAGUCCUGUGAGUGUGUGGCUGUCAUGUUUGCUUCCAUCAGCAACUUCUCGGAGUUCUACGUGGAGUUAGAGGCAAACAACGAAGGGGUGGAAUGUCUGAGGCUCCUCAAUGAAAUUAUUGCAGACUUCGAUGAAAUAAUAAGUGAGGACCAAUUCCGUCAGCUGGAGAAGAUCAAAACCAUUGGCAGUACAUACAUGGCUGCUUCAGGCCUCAAUGAUACCACUUAUGAUAAGGUUGGGAAAACACACAUCAAAGCUCUAGCUGACUUUGCCAUGCGGCUAAUGGAUCAAAUGAAGUACAUUAAUGAGCAUUCAUUCAACAACUUCCAGAUGAAAAUAGGGUUAAAUAUUGGUCCUGUGGUAGCCGGGGUAAUAGGAGCACGCAAACCUCAGUAUGACAUCUGGGGAAACACAGUCAAUGUAGCCAGUCGAAUGGACAGUACAGGUGUUCCUGAUAGAAUUCAGGUGACCACAGACAUGUAUCAGGUUUUAGCAGCCAACAGUUAUCAGCUGGAAUAUCGAGGGGUUGUUAAGGUAAAGGGUAAAGGAGAAAUGACCACCUACUUCCUAAAUGAAGGGCCACCAAUCAGUUAGCAGCAACUGUGACACAACUCUAAAAAUGGCAUUUGCAUGGCGAGGAAUUGCUCUUUAGCUGUGGACCCAAAAAUACAGUGCAGUUGCAUUUUUUCAUGCAACAAGUUUAGAGCAUGGUACAGACAAACACACUUUAGCCAAAUACCAUGCAGUGCAGAAGAAAGAAACCCCUGUGGAUUAAUUCCCAGUUGAGUGCUAUAUCGACCAAAGAUGCACCUCCAUGGAAUUUUAAGCUAAAAGAAAUGAAUGAGCUUUUAAAAUGAGGCUGCUGCACAGGAUUUAAGAUAUUUAUUUAUUGAAGUUACACAGAAUUUUACUUGGUUGAAGGAAUGUAUGGUUCACUACAAAGCGUUAUUUUGGAAAGGAUUUGCACUUCUAUAAUGUUUCCGUUCCAUAUGGUCAGCUCUUUCAAGUGUACGACUAUUCUUUAACUAGCUGUUUUGAGUAGGCUUUCAAAAUUAAAAAUGACACCCACUCUUCUACACAAAAGGCCUUUCAGAACAGCCUCAGUAAUGUUUUUAGGUUGAAAAAAGACACCUUGCUAUAGAAAACUGUCCCCUUUUUCUUACAUGCCUAACAGACUACUCUUCUGAAUAGAACUGGUACACCUAAGAUCAAGCUGAGGAAACAUGGCUCUGCAAACAUAUUUAUUUAAUAAAUCUUCUCUGCGCUUCUUUGGUGUAUAUGUAUAUAUAUCAGUUUACAUGUGAAAGACAAGAUGAAAACAAGAGACACUAAGAGGAAUCAUUCCUCAAAUUUCUUGUUUUUGUAUUUUUUAUUUUGUAAUAUUGAAAACAUGGAAAUCUAACAGAUAUACCAAAAUCUAUAUUUUGUAAAUUAUAUAUAUAUAUUAGAAAAAAGUCUGUCCACACCAGCGUGUGGUGAGUUGUGUAUAUAUAACUUGCAGAACUGUGUAACAUUCCGUGCAUUAUUCUCUGAAUACAGACUUGGCAGUUUUCAGAUUAAGAGUAAACAAUCAACAGCUGAUGAGAUUGCGGGCUGAGUCAAAUGCAUUUUUAAGUAAAAAUUCAGAAAGUAAAAAUUCAGAAAAUACUCAGAGAAAAAAAUCAAGUACAAUAAUCAUUACAAACAACUGUGCAUUUCAGAAUUCAAGAUGCAGCUGGAGGUGAUAGUGCCAUGCGUGGAAGUAGAAUAUGAGAUAAAUAAUUGAACUAUUGGGAAUAUCAAUCGAGCAUAACAGGGGAGGGAGAGCACUAAUCAAAUCUUCAUCUGAAAGUAGCAAAAACUGUUACACCGGAACAAAACGAAGAUCAUUUUCUUUAAAAUUGUCACCAAAAAAGUGUCCAAGAUGCUCUAAGUGCCACUUGCCUUUACAAAAGAACUAUGUACUACGUUGCCAGAUUGACUGACAUUUAAUUGAAUUAAUGAUUCAUAGCUAUUUUAAGAGUUAGGUGAUUUUAUCUUUUAAAAAAGACAAAUGGACAAUUUGUAUGUGGUAAAUAGUAUGACAGAUAUAUCAUGGGGGGGGUAAAUGAAUAAUUCAUUGUUAUGGUUUAUGUACCUUUUUAACUUGUAAAGAAUAAACCCUUGCUAUUUUAUUUUUUGAAAAGCAUUUUAAAACCCUAUUUUUUUAUAUUCUAUGAGGGGAGAGUUUUGAUACUGGAUUUGGCUAUCACUAAAAUGACUCCACUGUUUUGACAUUCAGUAAAGUUCUUUUCAACUCUUCUCAGGGUAAAAAUUACUGUAUUAACAAUUUAAUGAUUGCACUAUAGUGGUAUUUAUAAAAUAGGUGUUUCACUUCAUUUUUUACAAGAAGAGUAAGUUAAAAUCCAUUGGCCUAUCCUAAUUAAUUUGCUAAGCAUCCAGCCAUUUAAACUUCAGCUUAAAUGGCACCUCUAUGACCUUUCCUUUUCCUCUUUAACAGGACACAUCCUUGAAAAGUAUAGUAUAUUGACUUCUGUAAAACUGCCAAGUCUGCCCUUGUACUAUACUUUUGCUGCUUUGCAUUUUCUGAUUUGCAAAAUAUUUUCAUUACAUGGCACAACGCCCUUUCCUUCCACCCUCUGUCCCUUUUUACCACUGAGUUUCAUUACUUUCAUGAUAUACAUUCAUUUUUAGGUUUGUUUUCUACUUUACUAAAACUCUGUAUUCUUAACUGUUGAUCAGUCUGCUGCUCCACCUUGCACAGCUGUGUUGUCAAUUAUAUUCUGAAUCCCCAGUAUCUCUGACUGUGAUUGUUGACAGUGUGUCAUGAUCAUUUCAAGGGGUAUACACUCUUUAUUUUAGCUCUUACAAAAAUUGAUACAAUUAUGAUUUCCCAUGGAAAUUGAAAUCUAUUUAAGUAAUUUAACGAUAUUAAACACUGUUUCACUGGUAACAUGUCUUUGCUCUACCUUUUAUUUAAGAUAACUGGUUUGUGAAAAUACGUUUGUGCAGCAAAUGAUAAUUAUGCACACAUUUUGGGAGUUCUGUAUUUAAAUGUAACUGAGGUAUAGAAAACUUAGAACUGUAUUUGAAUAUAUUUGGCCAGUUGCACAAUCUAGGCUACAUACUGUGAGACUAUGUGAGCACAGAUCCACUUAAUUCUUAUGUGUACUAUGAACAUCCCACUCUGUGUUUAUUCUUUGUUUACUGUGGAGCCAUCUAAGGUACAUUAGAACCAAUAACAGAAAGCCUGGUUACAUCUGGCAUAUUUAAAUAGAUGCUAGUAACUCAUCUACCUUGAAAUAGCUACUCUACCUACAAUGGUACAUUUUUGCUGCACGUGAUUAAUUUGCUACUAUUUUCAAAGUUUAUUAAAUGUACCACACCGUUGGGAUUAGAACAGGGAUGGACAAAAGGGCCUCCAUGGACCAGAUCCAGCCCACAGAGGCCCUUGCUCCCUCCCCCAGGCCAAUCAGGGCUGGGGUGUAGUACGCAAAGUCAUCUCCUGCCUUGCUAGGGGCUCUGCACUUAGAGUCAAUUGCCAGCUGUUCAGAACAAGCUGGCAAUUGACUAAGUGCAGGGCAGGGGCAGGGAGCGAGAGAUUUCACAUGGUCCCCAGGCCUGAUGGACCUGGGGUCCGCAAGGAGUACAUGAAGUCUCCUCCCAAAGCCAGGGGCACAGGUACCUAAAAGGAACCGCCAGCUGUUCAGAAUAGCUGGUGUUUAUCAGGGUCUGUGGGUGGGGGAAGCAGGAAGUGUCCCAGCCUCUUCAUUUUGGGGGCAGCCUGGGGCCACCUCAAAUUUCUGAAGUGGCCCCCAGCCAAAAAUUAUUGCCCACCCCCUGCAUUACAAGGAUGAGGCACUUCUCCAGAGGGAUUCAAGUAACCCCUCCUAGAACCAAGAGCAAUACUGACGUGAAUACCACAUUGCCUUUCAGUUGUCCUGGGGAGUUAGUGGUGUAAUACAAACUAGUUCACUUGAAAAUAGCACCUAAGAGAUUUAACCACUUAACUGUCAUCCACAAAACUUCUGCAGAGCUCUGUUUCUCUGCUAGUAGGCAGUGGCACAGCAACGUAAAUGCAUAUGCUGCCCCAUAGCUAAUAAGCUUUUUCACUUUGAAUAAUUAAAUAUUGAUUGGAGCAAGGCCUUUAACCUGAGGCUAUGUUUAUACCACCACUUACAUUGGUGGAACUCUCACCCCCAGGUGACAUAAGCACUGGUGUGGACAGCAUUAUGUCAGCAAGACAGCGUUUCCCACCACCAUAACUACUGCUCUCCUUGCAAGGGCUAGAAUAAUUUAAAUGGUCAGGAAAGAGCUCUGCUGUCAGCUUGUGUGGCCACAAAGUUUACAGUGAUGCAGCUGCAAACUCUCUAGUGUAGCCAUGCC